CACUCGGAACCAUUAUUCGUCCACUUGUUGUUACCUAACAUUCUAUAAAUCGGACCGGUUUCCUUUACCCACACUCCUUUGCGUUCCUUCCGUCCUUCCGACUUCCGCCUCAACUACGAGCCGAGAUGGCCCCAACUAAGAAAGGAGAGAAAAAGAAGGGGCGUUCAGCCAUCAACGAGGUUGUGACCAGAGAGUACACCAUCAAUGUACACAAGCGCAUCCAUGGAGUGGGCUUCAAGAGAAGGGCUCCUCGUGCCAUCAAGGAGAUCCGCAAGUUCGCCGUGAAGGAGAUGGGAACUCCCGAUGUGCGCAUUGACACUCGCCUCAACAAGGCCGUGUGGAGCAAGGGUGUCAGGAACGUGCCGUACAGGAUACGCGUGCGCCUGUCCAGGAAGCGUAACGAGGACGAGGACUCUCCCAACAAACUGUACACCCUGGUCACGUACGUUCCUGUCACCACAUGCAAAGGUCUGCAGACUGUCAACGUUGAUGAGAACUAAAGUUGUCCCCUCUACGAGUGGAAUAAAAUAAAAUAAAAGGAG